CACGAGCCCUGAUUCACCUAGUUGAGAUGUGGCGGGCGGCACUUCUGCAGCGUUGCUGAGUAGAGAAAGGAAUCCUGGCUGCCGUUGAAGUCGGAGAUGCUAGCGGGGCUGGCUUGGCAGGCAAUGCUGCUCCCCGCUGGCCACGACAUUGCUCUGAUGCUGGCCAGGGAACCAAGCUGGUCUGCGUACUGGCACCUGUCUCAGCGGGUCCUGUCACGUCUUCUCAGGGCCAGGCUGCUCAGGGAAGCCCCGCCAACGCAAGGCCCAAAUCAGAAUCUGUGCAUACCACCGCUGUUCAGCUUGGCACCACAAGUGGGCAGCCGCGCUAGUAGCGUAGUUGGCUUUUACGGCCGAUGUGCGACCACUAGCGAUCAUGAGAUCCCAAGCACACACUUUCCACAUGACUACUGGUUGCAUGCCCGCCACUUCUCCAGUGGCGCCAGCAGUGGCGGUGGCGGUGCUGUGGAAAGAAGCGCUGCGAUGGAGGAGGCCAGGGGGCGGGGGAUGGGGGGCCAGGAUGGGAGCAGCCGCGUGAUGAGCUUCACCGCCGUGCAGGCACAUGACCCCACCAAGCUGCACCUCGCAGCCUACCCCAGGGUGGUCCUGUGCCGCCUGGCCGGGCUUCCGCUGCGAGACCUGCGCUCCAUUGACCCUGCCUUCAAGUCCCAGUACCCCGCCAUCCUGGUCCGCCCCGCCUGCAUCCUGGUGUCUCUCUUUGAUCAGCGCGCCAUCAUCACCGCCCGCGAGGUCCUCGUCUUUGACCCUGAGUCGCGUGAUGCCUGGGGCGGCGGCCGCCCGCGAAUACCCCCCCUCGCGCGCCUCCUCGCACAGCGCCUGCAGACAAACAGGGACGAGCCAGCCGACACUGCAAGUCCGCUGAAAGAAGAGCAGGACACGAUGCAAGAGUUGGACAGCUGUCGGAAGUGCGGGCAGACCAGGGCGGAGUUGAAUGGCGGGGUGGAGGCUGUACGGGAGGGUUCGUCCGAGCUAUACGCCCCGCUGCAGGCGCUGCGCAUGGCGCAGCUGAUGGACCGGGAACGGCUGUACCGCGUUAAGCGCGACGAGCGCUGGCUACGGGGGGUGACAGAGUCGCUGCAACAGGCAGCCAAGGAAGCGGGGGUUCCACUCUCGAGCAGCGUACAAGAGCUGGAGGCGCGCGCGGCCAGUUUGGCAGUGCAACGGAGAGAGAUCAAGCACCGGCUGGCGGCCCGGCAGGCGGACAUCUUCCGGGCGCGCGAGAAGGUGCUGUCGAGCCGCAUCGGGCGGACGCUGCAGGACGGGCGGGAGCGGCACGCAGAGGCAGUGACGUCAGCGGCGCUAGUGGGCAUGUUCAGCGAGGCGAACAGCGUGCGUGACAAGCUGGGCCUGGCGCCUUACGCUCUGUUGCCAGAGGGGAUGGCGGGGGGGGAAAGAAAGCUGGCCGUAGGACCCCCUGAGGAGUGCCGGCACCAUUGGACGGAGUGGGAGUGCGCCGGGCCGCGGUCACCAGUGACUGCCACGUCACCUGCGGCGCUGAUCCAGAGGGGACUUCCUGAGGCCGCACUGCCGUUCGAGCUGCGCGUGCUGGAGGUGAUCCUGGACGACACGUGCCGCACGCUGGCGGACAAGUAUGACGGGUUGCGGCCUGACGUGGAGGGCGUACUGGACAAGCUGGAGGCGAACGUGAAGCACCGCCGCGCGCUGCAGCAAGAAGAGCAGACCAAGCUUAUGGGCCUCAAAACAAGAUUGCUGCGGCUGCAAGGCGAGGUCGGCGCGAUCAAGGCCGCGCUCGAGAGCAUCCUCGACAACGACGAGGACAUGUCCGAUCUUUACCUGACCGCAAAAGCAGCUGGCAGGCCCCCACACAAGGAUCAGCACGAAGAGGCGGAGGAGCUGUUGGAGAAUGCGGCGCGGCGCGUCGACGACGUGGAGAGCACGCUGUCGCAGCUGAUGGAGAAAAUGAGCUUCCGGGAGGAGCACAUGCGCACCAUGCUCGACAGUCAAAGGAACGAGCUGCUCCGGCUGGACGUACGGCUGAAUUUGGGCACAUUUUCCAUCGCAUCUGGGGGCACGGUUGCUGCCCUCUUUGGCAUGAACUUGUUUUCCGGGUUGGAGGAGAGCCCGUAUGCCUUCCUUGCGGUUGCUGGUUCCGUGGUGGGCUUGUCGGCCUUGUUCUAUAGCUCAAUUCUGAGACACUCUGUAAAGAAAAGGAUACUGUAAAUAAGGACGACAAUGAGACUCCGUUAUACAUCGAAAUCUCCUGUGGGGCCUGCUUGGGCCUUCAAAAUCCAUGGUGCGC